CAGAGCGUGCCGCCCAUCCUUUCCUCCACCUCCUCCUUUACUGCGCUGCGCACGACAGACGAGACACCAGCAUUGCCAAGGCUCCUUCUUCCCCAGCUUCGCCAACAGCGCCUUCUUCCCCGCUUUCAGAUCGCCGCCGACGAUCGUCCGGCCGGCCGUCCUCCGGAGUCUGCCCCAAGAGGAGCAGCCAGCAUGCCGGACACCAUGCCGGAGGACCUGCCGGAGUGGCUCGUCGUCGACGAGAUCCUGGUCCGGCUGCCGCCCAAGGACGUGCUCCGCUGCCGCGCCGUCCGCAAGCCGUGGCGCGCCGCCACUUCCACCGACAGCUUCAUCCUCGACAACCACCGCCGCCAGCCGUCGCUCCCCAUCAUCGAACAACACGGCGAGGGCAUCUCCUGCCUCGCCGCCGCCGGAGAUCACAAGAUACGGCCCGUCCUCCGGUACAGUCCCGAUCCAGUUUCCAGCAUCGCCGCCUGCGAUGGCCUCCUCAUCCUGUCGCAUCAGUCCGGCUUCUACAUCUGCAACCCGGCCACCCGCAAGUGCGCUCCCCUGCCGCCUCCUCCGUCGCGCGCAGGAUGCUGGCCCCCCAACGUCGUCGCCUUCUACCGACACGACGCAUCCCCCCGAGAGUACCGGGUGCUUUGGGUUUUCGCGGCACAGAUGGCGGGGCGCACCACGUACGAGCCGCCUCGUUACUUCGUCCUCCCGGUGGGAUCGGACCAGCCAAGAUGCAUCCAAUGGCCGACAGUUUUACAGAGUUAUCCCGCUUCCUCCGACUUCCCACCAGUCCACCAUCGUGCUGCCCUCCACUGGGCACUGAGCCUCGGCAUAACCGUGUUGGACACCGUAACCGAGACAUUCCGGCAUAUGAGCUACCCAGCAGAGCUGCAGGGCGGCGUUUUUUCACUCUUCGAUCUUGGUGGCGACCUUGCUCUGCGCCACACGUCCGGUGACUGCCUCACUCAGGACAUUUGGGUGCUGCAGGACUAUGACGCCGAGACGUGGGCAUUUCGAUACCGGAUUGACCUGCGGGCGAUGGAGGCGUCGCCGCCGCUUGAUUUGACGGUCAUUUAUUUCGCCCCUAUGAUGGUUGCGAUCAACGAGCGUGAGCUGUUGAUCCAGCAUGGUGGUGACUGCCUGUUGCAUUGUGACAUCGAGGGUGUGUUCUUAGGAUAUGUGGAAAGCCAAGACCAUGAAAGCAGUUUGAAUCGGUUUGCAAAACGUUUGACACUUACUCGGCAUCGCCUCCAGGAGAGCAUGAUUUCGCUUCCGUUGUUUGAGACGCGACAAGAAGAUGCCGUGCACGAGAAGAAGCCUCCGUUCACCAUAGUUCUGUAAGAUGCGGUGCUCCAUCUUACUGCUUUGGACUCCUGGUUUGAUUGAUGUUGUGCCCCUGGACUAUCCUAUCCCAUAUGAGACGUGUCUUUUGUUCUUUGUUGUUACUAUUUCGCACUACUACUAGUAGAACUUAACAAUUUGGACGGAGGAAGUAGCGCUUGUG